CAUAUGGCUGCUGAAAGGGAAGAAGGAUAUUUGUGACAUGAAAGAACAGGCCAUUGGGUUGGAGCAUCCACUUUUUUGGCUGCUGUUUUUACAGUUCCGGUAUUGCAGCUAAGGGAGGGAGCUGUUGACACAUGUCAAGAAACAAUAAUAACUAACCAAACAGAAAAUAGACAAGAAGCUAAUGGUGGAAAACAAGACACCUUCAUCCAGCUUGGGCAUCUCAAUCUUUACAAACCCGAAAUGUCUAAAAAUAACUUAAUUUCAGCUUUCUCCCAAGAAUUUAGACACCAUAUUCUGCAUUUCUCUUCUUUUUCUUCUUCUUCUUCUUUCUUUCUCUCUAACGCAGAAACUAGAGAGGAGAGAGCAGAAGAAAAAAAAACUUGAACAUUCCGGUUUACCGGCGAAUGACCGAGGUACGGAUAUUUUGUCUCUUCAUUUUCCUUUUGGAAAUAUUUGCAUUUUCUUGAUUUGUUUUCAUCUGGCAAUGUACAUUAACAAGGAAAUGGGUGAAUUGUUGGUCGAUAGUCUAGAUAAUGAUAUCGAUGGAGAUAUCAUGGUUGUCAACAAAAAACCGAAUGAUGAUGAUAGUUUAGAGUAUCCAAAGCUAAGAAUUUGCAAUAUGUCUCCUCAGAGUACCACCUCAAGCAUGCGAAGUUCAUCAGUUGAUGGUCUAAUUCUCGCCCCUCACAAUUUUUCUAAACCGAUACAUGACCGUGUUAUUGAGAUGCAAAGUCUGGAUCAGUUUCCAUCCAGGUCAAUCUUCGGAUCCGACAGUGAAGAGUCGAGGGCCGAAUCGGAGUUUCAACAUUUUGUUAGAGGAGAAGUGAGGAGAGUUAUGGUGGCAAGGGAUGAUGAGGAGGAGGUGCAAAAACUCGAGGAAGAAGAAGAUAUCAUACAAGUAAGGGUACCCAACAAGGAAACCCAAUCUCCUCAGGUGAGGAUUCCAAAAUCCCAGUCGGCAAGUCAAUCUCCUCGUGGUAAGCCGGUCAUGAGGAUACAAAAAUCCCAGUCUGCUAGAGUCAGGACUGAUUCUACGUCUGACAAAUCAAGUCCGAGAAGUAGACUUUCGCUCGGUAGACCUCCUACCGAUACAAGUCCAAGAACCACACAUGCCGGUGUACCAAUAAAGCAAAGAAGGAAGUUCUCUGUGGGAGAAGUGGAACUGCGCCAACUCAGGAAUAAUAAUAAUGCGUCCAAUACAUCUGAUGAGGAACUUAAUGAUCCUCGUGUCGGAACGCGUCUGCUCAAACAAGCAAAUGAACUGAUUGCUUCUCAGGACAAUCCUAAAAGGGCUCUUAGAUUGGCUCUUCUAGCAUCUAAAUCAUUUGAAAUAUGUGCUAAAGAGGAACCAAGUUUGCAACUUGUUGCGAGUUUACAUCUUAUAGGUGCGAUUUACUGCAAACUAGGCCAAUGCGACGAGGCGAUUCCAGUUCUAAAGUGUUCUAUUCAGAUUCUUCCUGUCAUGCAUCAAGGCCAGGAACAAGCGUUAGCCAAAUUCGCUGGACAUAUGCAGUUGGGAGACACUUAUGCCAUGAUGGGUCAGCUCGAGAAUUCCAUUGAGUGCUAUAAAAUGGGAUUGCAAAUUCAGAAACAAAUUCUUGGAGAAACGGAUCCGAAAGUCGGUGAGACUUACCGCUAUAUAGCUGAAGCACAUAUACAGGCCUUGCAAUUCGACGACGCUGAGAAGUUUUGUAAAAUGGCUCUUGAAAACCAUAGAAAGAAUGGCUCAUCUUCGAUCGAGGAAGCGGCUGACCGAAGACUAAUGGGUCUUAUCUUGGGAACAAAGGGUUAUCAUGAUGCAGCUCUUGAACAUCUUCUCUUGGCUAGUAUGGCAAUGGUAACCAAUGGCCAGGAAAUGGAAGUCGCAUCUCUUGACUGCAGUAUAGGAGAUUCCUACUUGUCGUUAGCUCGAUAUAAUGAAGCUGUUUUUGCAUAUGAGAAUUCCUUAACCAUGUUCAAAACAACCAAAGGAGAGAAUCAUACUUCUGUUGCUUCGGUAUACGUUCGGUUGGCUGAAUUGUAUAACAAGAUGGGUAAAGGAAGAGAAUGCAAGUUUUACUGUGAAAAUGCUCUACAAAUUUACCAAAAUCCCAUUGCCGUAACUUCCCCUGAGGAAAUCGCUAUUGGUUUAACUGAUGUCUCCGCUAUAUAUGAAUCCAUGAACGAUCUUGAGAUGGCUCUCGAGUUGCUUCAGAAAUCUUUAAUGAUAUAUGAAAAAACUCACAGUCAACUAAACACAACUGCAGGCAUUGAGGGUCAGAUGGGUGUCUUCUACUAUAUGAUGGGAAAUUACACUGACGCUCAUAGUUGCUUAAAGAAUGCAACUGAGAGGCUUAGAGUGUGUGGGGAGACGAAAUCUGCUCUUUUCGGUACAACUCUAAAUCAAAUGGGUUUGACGUGCGUUCGGCUUAAUUUAAUAAGAGAAGCAGUAGAUCUGUUCGAAGAAGCCAUGCAAGUCCUUAAACAAGAAUACGGAGAUUAUCAUCCUGAAACACUAGGAGUAUUGAGCAAUCUAGCAGCUACGUAUGAUGCAAUUGGAAGGUUGGAUGAUGCAAUAAGGAUUUUAGAAUAUGUUGUUUGCAUGAGGGAGGAGAAACUCGGAACGGCAAACACAGAGGUGGAUGAUGAGAAGAGGAGGUUGGCUCAGUUACAAAAAGAAUCAGGCCGUGCACAAAUUAACAAAGGUAGAUCACUUAAAGCACUGUUUUCCACUGAUUCUGAUACUACAGAAAACAAUUCAAUAAUAUUAAGGCGUGGGUUUAGUGAGCCACGAGUUCAUUGGAACCUUUAACCCGCCAUACAUUCCGUGAAUUCUUGGUCACAACCUUCGUGUAAAGUAUUAAGUUUGCAAGAAAAGCAUCUAGAAGGAUUUUGAUUAGAGUGUUUUGUUAUAUUCUGGUAUUCUUUGGAUCAUAAUGGGAAAUGUGUAUUACCAUGUAAUUCCUUUUCUUCAGAUGUUUGCGAUAUUUGUAAUGAUUUUGCACGAACUGAAAUUUGAUUACCAGCCUAACAGCCUUUUGCUUA